CAGCUUCUUGAGACUCUUUUAUAAUACCUGUGCAUCUUUUCCCGGGGGAACACAGUGAGCAACUUAGGUAUCAAGCCCUAAGGCAACACCCGUUGUCGUUGAGGAAGAAGCACACACUGCGUCGCGCAGGCUCUACGGUUACAAGUGUAAUGCAAUUGAGUCCCGUUGGUCAGUGGGCCGAGCUUUACUCCACGGUUGCACGCCAGCUCAGCAGUGCCUCGCGCAAUGGAAGACGGACGUCUACUGGCUUUGCGUGAAGCGUCGUUUGACAUCGUCUAUGAUGAUGGAAGGGAGGACUGGUCGGGAUUGCCUCCGGAACUGUUAGAGAUGAUAGGCUCCAAGCUAACGGAGGGUGCCCAUCUACAUAACGCGGCUAUGGUCUGCAAGUCAUGGAAAGCAAAUAUUGCCACAGGCCUGACCAGCAUGGAGCUUGACAUGCACAGCGACCCCAGCCUUUGGCGCGCUAAGAUGGAGAAGCUUGCCAGCCUCAUUCGCCACCUGCGCUGCUGUGUCAUCCAUGUCAACACGCACAUCACCGACGAGCUUCUGCACCAGAACCUGGCGCUAGUGCAGCAGCUCAAGGGCGUGUCGGAGCUCAAGCUGCACCUCCGCGACGGCUGCGACCUGCCGCCCGCCGCCGCAGCCGCCAUCGGCUCCAUGCGCCACCUCACCUCCCUCUCCAUCAUCGGAGGCGGACUCAGCCGCGAGGCCGCUGCUCAGCUGCUGGCAGGCCUGGCUGCCGGCUCCGCUGCUGCUGCUGCGGGUACCUUGCCUACGGCUGCUGCCUCCGCUGCGGAUGGGGCCUCACCCGGUGGCGCGGGUUUGCGGUCGCUGACGCUGCUGCCUGCCGUACAUCACGGCCUGGGUGACGAGGAGAUGCCGGUGCUGGCGGGCUGUGCCUCCCUGGAGGUGCUGGAGUUCAGGGCGCACAGGCUAACCAGCGCCGGCCUGUCCUCCCUGUCGCGCGGCCUGCCCCGCCUGACCCGCCUGGCCAUCAGCUCCCUGGACAGCGACAGCGGCUACGAGCUGGCCUGCCUGGAGCGGCUGGCGGCGCUGGCGGAGCUGGACCUGGCGCUGGACCAGGCGCCCACCGGAGCCGCCAGCCGCCAGGCGCUGUGUGCGGUGAAGCCGGGUCGCAGCCUGUCACUCAGCUUCCGGUGGACGGAGCGGGCGCAGGGUUUGCUGGCGGACUACGGCAACCGGCUGGCCAACCUGACACACCUGGAUGUGGGGGCGUGCAGGGUUGGUUCCGAGUCGCUGUUCGAGGCGGUGGCCCAGCUGACCGGGCUGCGCGAGCUGCGCAUGGCUGUGUACAGCAACGCCGACCACUGCAUUCCCUGCCACCUCAGCCGCCUCACCGCGCUGGCGGCACUGCAGAGGUUCCACCUGGAGAAGCGGCGGGCGUACUUCCCGGAGGCCCGGCGCUUCGGCGAGAGCUCCAUUGCGGUCCCGGUGACUGCGGAGGGUCUGCGGGCGCUGGCGGGGCGCUGGAGCCGGCUGCGCUCGCUGCGCCUCGCGCUCAGCCGCAAGGACUACAGCCCGGAGGGCCUGACGGUGCUCGCCAGCUUCACCGGUCUCCGCGAGCUGGGCAUCCUGGUGGAGCGCUACCCGGGGCAGCAGCAGCAGCAGCAGCAGCAACCCCCCACCGCCAGCACCAGCACCAACACCAGCUUUACCACCGCCACUGCUGCAGCCGGGCAGCAGCAGCAGGACGCAGCACCGUCAGCUGCAAGCAGCGGCGGAAGCGGCAGUGCUGGCGGUCUGGGUCGGCUGUCACGACGCGGUCUGGAGCUGCCUCCUCAGCUGGACCUGGGCUGUCUGCCCGCCGGACUGCAAUCCCUGGAGCUGAACAACCUCCUGCUUGAGCUCAGCGACCUUGAGGCGAUGGCGGCGGCGGCGGCUGUCGUACCGCCGCCGCCGUCAGCAGCGGCUGCCGCCGCCGCCGCCGCAGCCCCGCCGCCGAUGCCGCCUGGUCUGGCGCUGGGCUUGGGCUCUCCAGCCUUUGGCGUCGCAACCCCACCAGCCGCCGCAGCUGCAUCCCCCGCGUUCCUCCCUCCGCCCGCAGCCCAGCCGCCGCCGCUGCCGCUGUCGCAACUGACCUCCCUGGACAUUGAGGCAUGCGUGGUGCGGCCGCCGUUACUAGCCGAGAUAGCCCGGCGCUGCGGCCCCUGCCUGCGCCACCUGCGGCUGGCUGCGGUGGUGGGGCUGUCAGACGCCGCACUGGCCGGGUGCCUGGUGCAGCUGCGGUCGCUGCGGUCGCUCACCGUCAGUGCGCUCGGCAACAGGGCGGGCGGGUCUGGCGGCGCUGUCGGGCUGCCGUCCGCCCCCGCUGCUGCGGCAGCUGGUGUGGGAGUCGGACGACCUCACCUCCCGCGGCCCCGCCCUUGCCGCCCUGGCCCCCCUCACCAGCCUGCGCCACCUGUACCUCUCCUGCACAGACAAGACGGCGGAGCUGGCGCUGGGGAGCAUUCGGGUGCUGCAGGACGCUCUGCCUUACUGCCAUGUGGACAUGGUGUGGUCGGCUGGACGACAGGACCCCCUGUGACGAGUGGCAUUUGCAUGCAAGCGCGCGCUCUCCUGCCUUUAUGCUUUGCUUUGAUCUGAACACUCCCAUGAAAGGUGAGUCACGCAAGGUGACAACAACGGCUGCGUGUGUCAUUUUCCCCUGGGUCUUUAUCUUACGGCUGCGACAUGGCGAGCUCACGGGUGUACUGGUGCCAGCUGUAGGGUGUGAACCUGUGUAGGUCAGUGGGAUGUUGGUCACCUGAAGUUUUCCCUGGUGACGGGCUGCGUCUUGUGCAAGCGUGUGAAGAAUCAUCUGUGAGAGGCUUCCGUGCCCAUUUAGGUAGAGCUUCUAGGAUAGUUGCUGUCCCCUUGGGUCAGGGGCAGGGGCAGGGGCAGGGCUGCGACUUGUAUGGUUUGAGCGGGAGGGGCUUGCUUCCUGCAUCUGACGUAAACGUGUUUCUUCCCUCUGUACUGUGAUUGUAGAACUGUACGGCGGUGAUGUGGAUGUGAUGUGGACGUAAAGUUACAUAUGAUGUAGGCAUCUAUUCGCACAGAAGCCAGAAGAAAUCUAUGCGCGCUGAGACGGUGUGGUGUGCGCGUGAGCAUGGACACUGGGUGUGCUGGAUGCCGGGGGUGUGUUCGGGUGAGGGGGCGCGCGGAUCUAACGAUGAGCGGGUCGAAACCGAUGAAGGGCUUUCGGUGCCGAUGAAGAUUUCUGCGUACAGAAGUUGAGCGGAGCAAAAGACCACUG